GUCACUAGAGUCUUGACACGUCACAUUCAAUAAAUAAAAUAAUAUACCUACCAUGUUUUUACGAUAAUAAAGUUUGUAAAAUAAAUCGUUGUUAACCGGUAUAACAUACUAUAUAAAUAAGAAAAUAAAAGACAGUUGAGCAUCUUAUUGAGUUAUUCAAAAGUGAACAAUAAUGGCUGGUGUAGAACAGCCUUGUUAUACCUUGAUAAACUUUCCUACUGACUCUGAGCCAUACAAUGAGAUGCAACUUAAGAUUGACUUGGAGAAAGGAGAUAUUAAGAAGAAAAUAGAGGCUCUGAAGAAAACAAUUGGUAUCAUACUCUCUGGAGAAAAGAUCCCAGGUCUUUUGAUGAUCAUCAUAAGGUUUGUUCUGCCCCUGCAGGAUCAUACAAUCAAAAAGUUACUACUAAUCUUUUGGGAGAUUGUUCCAAAGACCACUGCAGAUGGAAAGCUCAUGCAGGAGAUGAUACUUGUCUGUGAUGCAUACAGAAAGGACUUACAACAUCCUAAUGAAUUCCUCCGUGGUUCCACUCUACGAUUCUUGUGCAAGCUAAAAGAGCCAGAACUACUGGAGCCCCUGAUGCCAGCAAUCAGAGCUUGUCUUGAUCACAGACACUCAUAUGUUAGAAGAAAUGCAGUACUUGCUAUAUUUACCAUAUACAGAAACUUUGAGUUCCUCAUCCCAGAUGCGCCAGAGUUGGUUGCAAACUUUUUAGAAAAUGAACAGGACAUGUCUUGCAAGCGUAAUGCGUUCCUGAUGUUGCUGCAUGCUGACCAGGAGAAGGCACUGUCUUAUCUGUCAUCCAGGUUGGACAGUGUGCAUGGCUUUGGAGAUAUUCUGCAGUUGGUCAUUGUUGAGCUUAUCUACAAGGUGUGUCACGCCAACCCUGGCGAGCGUUCCCGUUUCAUUCGCACCGUGUAUGGCCUGCUGAACGCUAGCAGCCCCGCCGUGCGCUAUGAGGCCGCCGGGACCCUGGUCACACUCAGUAACGCGCCCGCUGCUAUCAAGGCGGCGGCGGCGUGCUACAUCGAGCUGAUCGUGAAGGAGAGCGACAACAAUGUGAAGCUGAUCGUGGUGGGCAAGUUGCGCGCGCUGCGAGCCGACGGUGGAGAGGCGGCCGCGCGAGCCUUGCCCGACCUGGCCAUGGACGUGCUGCGGGUCCUGGCCGCCUCCGACCUGGACGUGCGCCGCCAGACGCUGCACCUGGCACUGGAGCUGGCGACGAGCCGGCAUGCGGAGGAGCUGGUGAGUGUGCUGUGCAAGGAGGCGGCACGCGCACACAGCGCCGACCACGACGACGCACACAAGUAUCGCCAGCUGCUGGUGCGGGCGCUGCACCGCGCCGCGCUCAAGUUCCCCGAAGUGCUGGACAGCGUGGCUCCGGCUCUGCUGGAGAUGGUGGGAGACGGGAGUGAGGCGGCUGCGGCGGACGUCAUGGUGUUCCUGCGCCACGCCAUGCACACCUUCCCCGACCUCGGCAACCAGAUAUACCCCAAACUGCUGGAGUGCAUGAAAGGUGUCCGCGUGGGCAAGAUGGUCCGAGCGGCGCUGUGGCUGGCGGCGCAGUUCGCUGACACGCCCCCACGGGCAGCCAUGUUGUUGGACCUGCUGGCGGACAACGUGCCCGUCGCCGGGGACAAGGAGGAAGAGGAGCAGAAGAGUAAGAGCGAGGCGCCCGCGCGGCAGCUGGUAACGAGCGACGGGGCGUACGCCACUCAGUCCGCGUUCAACUUGCCGCAGUCCUCGUCAACGGAGAGUUCCAAGAACGGGCUGGCGGUGGCCCUGGGCGAGGGAGACAGCUUCACGGCGGCGUGCGCGUGCUCCGCCCUCAGCAAGCUGGCUCUGCGCUGCGAGGAGCUGGCCUCGCGGGCGCUGCACCUGGCCGCGCAGCUCAUGGCGCUCCACAAGGUGGACCCGCGCAACAGCACGUUGACGGCGGAUGACUGGGAGCACUGCGCCGUGUGUGUGUGGGCGGGCGCCGUGCGGCCCGCGCCCGUCCGGGACGCGCUGCUGGUGCGGUCGAGGGCCGCCCUGGCCGCGCUGCUGGCGCUGCCGGAACGUGCGCUGCAGGAGGAGGUGGAGGCCAAGAAGCCGGAGCGCACGGUGGAGGUAGAACAGGGCAUCUCGUUCUCGGCGCUGGCGGGCGGCGGCGCCACGCCCCAGCGCGACAUGUUCGAGGUGUCUCUGUCGCGCGCCGUGUCGGGCCGCCGGCCGGCCGGGGACGGCGGCGGCAAACUGUCCCGCGUGCGCCAGCUCACGGGCUUCUCCGACCCCGUGUACGCCGAGGCGAUCGUGUCCGUCAACCAGUACGACAUCGUGCUCGACGUGCUGGUCGUCAACCAGACAGACGACACGCUCCAGAACUGCACCGUGGAGCUGGCCACCCUGGGUGAGCUGCGCCUGGUGGAGCGACCCGCGCCCCUGGUGCUGGCGCCGCGGGACUUCGCCUCCAUCCGCGCGCACGUCAAGGUGGCCUCCACCGAGAACGGCAUCGUGUUUGGCAACAUUGUCUACGAGGUGGCGGGCGCAGGUCUCGACCGCGGGGUGGUGGUGUUGAACGACGUGCACAUCGACAUCGUGGACUACAUCCAGCCCGCGCACUGCUCCGACGCAGACUUCCGGCAGAUGUGGGCCGAGUUCGAGUGGGAGAACAAGGUGUCUGUGAACACCGGCAUCACAGAUCUACGAGAGUACCUGGACCAUCUCCGAGCCUCCACCAACAUGAAGUGUCUUACACCGGAUAAGGCGCUGUCGGGCCAGUGCGGCUUCAUGGCCGCCAACCUGUACGCGCGCUCCAUCUUCGGUGAGGACGCGCUCGCCAACCUGUCCAUCGAGAGCCCGCUGGGCCGUGCGGCACCAGUCACGGGCCACGUGCGCAUCCGGGCCAAGACGCAGGGUAUGGCAUUGAGUUUAGGUGAUAAAAUCAACACUAUGCAGAAAUCAAUACCACAGAAGCAACACGAGAGUGCAAUACCGGCUGCGUAGAGCUACAACCUGUGAGGAGAUUCGUUAUAGUAUUUAAAAAAAAAACGAUUAAUAUAAAUGUAUUUUAAUGUAUUCAAUGAGGUAUCUAUAAUUAUAAAUCUAGAUAGAUUUGGAUUUGUAGCCCUUCUUGUAAUAUGAAUCAAGCUGCUAUCAGAAUACUUAUUCUGGUAAGUAGGAACGAAUUCUAAACUUAGAAAAUUAAUUUGUAUUUCGGUAGAUGUGACGAUGUAUUGACGGUCGUUAUUGUAUUUUAUGAAUUAUCAUUAUCUCUGCAAUAAAGUUUUAUUUACUGAU